GCGGCCGUCAUGCGGGUCCCCUCGGCGCGGGGCCGCGGCCUGGGCCCCCCGCGCCGGCCCUGAGCGCCCCCGAGCGCCCGCCUCGCCGCCCGGGCCGGGGUGCGGACGAGGCCCCCGCGGCGGCAGCCUGGGCCCGGCGGCGGCGGCGGCGGCGGCGGGGGCGGCCGGGCGGCCAUGGAGGGGCUGGCGGGCUACGUGCACAAGGCGGCGAGCGAGGGCAAGGUGCUGACGCUCGCCGCGCUGCUGCUCAACCGCUCCGAGGGCGACGUGCGCUACCUGCUGGGCUACGUGAGCCGCCAGGGCGGCCAGCGCUCCACGCCGCUCAUCGUCGCCGCCCGCAACGGCCACGCCAAGGUGGUGCGGCUGCUGCUGGAGCAUUACCGCGUGCACACGCAGCAGACCGGCACGGUGCGCUUCGACGGGUACGUCAUUGACGGCGCCACGGCUCUGUGGUGCGCCGCGGGCGCCGGGCACUUCGAAGUGGUCAAGCUUCUCGUGAGCCACGGCGCCAACGUGAACCACACCACGGUCACCAACUCCACGCCCCUGCGCGCGGCCUGCUUCGACGGCCGGCUGGACAUCGUGAAGUACCUGGUGGAGAACAAUGCCAACAUCAGCAUCGCCAACAAGUACGACAACACCUGCCUGAUGAUCGCCGCCUACAAGGGCCACACGGACGUGGUCCGCUACCUCCUGGAGCAGCGCGCCGACCCCAACGCCAAGGCCCACUGUGGCGCCACGGCCCUGCACUUCGCGGCGGAGGCCGGCCACGUGGACAUCGUCAGGGAGCUGAUCCGCUGGCGCGCCGCCAUCGUGGUCAACGGCCACGGCAUGACGCCGCUCAAGGUGGCGGCCGAGAGCUGCAAGGCUGACGUGGUGGAGCUCCUGCUCUCGCACGCCGACUGUGACCGCGCCAGCCGCGUCGAGGCCCUGGAGCUGCUGGGCGCCUCCUUCGCCAACGACCGCGAGAACUACGACAUCGCGAAGACGUACCACUACCUGUACCUGGCCAUGCUGGAGCGCUUCCGGGACGGCGCGGCCGUGCUGGAGAAGCAGGUGCUGCCGCCCGUCCGGGCCUACGGGGACAGGACCGAGUGCCGCAGCCCCCAGGAGCUGGAGUCCAUCCGCCAGGACAGGGACGCGCUGCACAUGGAGGGCCUCAUCGUGCGCGAGCGCAUCCUGGGCGCCGACAACAUCGACGUGUCGCACCCCAUCAUCUACCGGGGCGCCGUCUACGCCGACAACAUGGAGUUCGAGCAGUGCGUCGGGCUCUGGCUGCACGCCCUGCACCUGCGGCAGAAGGGCAACCGCAACACCCACAAGGACCUGCUCCGCUUCGCCCAGGUCUUCUCCCAGAUGAUCCACCUCAACGAGCCGGUGCGCGCGCCCGACAUCGAGCGCGUCCUGCGCUGCAGCGUGCUGGAGAUCGAGCAGGGCAUGCAGCGGCUCAGGGGCGGCCCCGACGCGGCCGCCGACGGCCACGGCGCCCUGGACAGCUACGAGUGCAACCUGUACACCUUCCUGUACCUGGUGUGCAUCUCCACCAAGACGCGCUGCAGCGAGGAGGACCAGUGCAGGAUCAACCGGCACAUCUACGACCUGGUCCACCUGGACCCCCGCACGCGCGAGGGCUUCACGCUGCUGCACCUGGCCGUCAACUCCAACACGCCGGUGGACGACUUCCACACCAACGACGUGUGCAGCUUCCCCAACGCGCCCGUCACCAGGCUGCUGCUGGACUGCGGCGCCGCGGUGAACGCCGUGGACCACGAGGGCAACAGCGCGCUGCACAUCAUCGUGCAGUACAACCGGCCCAUCAGCGACUUCCUGACGCUGCACUCCAUCAUCAUGAGCCUGGUGGAGGCCGGCGCCCACACGGACAUGGCCAACAAGCAGAGCAAGACGCCGCUGGACAAGAGCACCACCGGCGUGUCGGAGAUCCUGCUCAAGACCCAGAUGAAGAUGAGCCUCAAGUGCCUGGCUGCCCGAGCGGUUCGGGCCAACGACAUUAACUACCAGGACCAGAUCCCCAGGACUCUCGAGGAGUUUGUCGGCUUCCACUGAGUGACUGACUGGCUGGCUGUGUAGAACCGUUUACCGUGGUGCUAAACAGUAAAGGACUUUAAUCACAGACAGCAGAAUCAUGCGUUCGUGAGUCCCCUCUCCCCCUGCCCCUGCCCCUGCCCCUGCCCCGCCCUCCGCCCCCAGUUGUGUGUCUGCCCCCCUCCCCGUGUGCCGCUGGGUCUCAGAUGCGUGUCACGCAGAGCCGCGCUGUGGGGUGUCCCGCUGAGGCGUGCGGACACGGGUCGCUCCCCUGCUGCCUCCUUCGGGAAUGAAUACAAGAUAUCUCUGUUUAUGUAACGGGGGACAUUGAUGAUGUGAAGAGAACGUUUUUAAACACCGCCUACAAAAGCGUGAUUGCUGAGCCUGCGGCGUCAGCCCGUCCUUGCAGCCGUUUUGAGGGGAAACACCCAGGGGCGCGGACUAGCCCGGCUUCUGCACACGCCAGAGCCCUGUAGGCGCCGUCACCUGGCCCGCACCCGCGUGAGUGACACACACAGCCCGGCAGGAGGACUUGGGGCAGCGGUGCGAGGGCCGCUGUUUAACCUGCAGAACGUGCUCGUGGAGUCGUAGCCAGAGUCUGCGCCCAGAGCAUGCUCGCGGAGCGCUGGCCUCCGCACCUCAGUUCUCAGGUCCCCGGGGGGGAGGGGGGGGCAGUCUGUCUGAGAGCCGCAGCUAGACUGUAGCAGCCUGAGUCUGACUGAGCCCCCAGACGUGGGGGGAGGCUGAGCGCCGCGCUUGCCUCUGAGACAGUCCAGCCCACGCUGUCUUUGGCCACUUCACUCUUCCCUCCUGUGUGAGCUUUUUUCAACAUGUGGACGUGACUUUCCCAGAGGGCGAUGUCUGUGCCUCCCUAACUUUAGUUUAUGGCAGAUGAAAAAGAACCAGGAUAUUUAAACUCUUGUCACUGUCCUUCUUCCGUCUGCGAUGAGUAGAGACUAGUGUGGUCUGGGGAAUGAAAUGCCUCUGGUGAUGGAAAGGAUUGGCAGCCACAUUUGCAGGAAGGUGCUUUUUGUCUAAGAGCUGAAGAAUUUAAAGCCAGGGCUGGGGAGAAGCAGAUGCUGCCUGCAGUGAUGGUUCUGCAAAAAGCUGCUGAUGCCUGAGGCACCCAAAGUCCCAGGCUCAGUCCCAGCGCCACCAUGAGUUGGAGCUGAGCCAGGGCUCUGGGGGAAAAGAAGAAAAAGAAAAAAGUAUCCAGAAUUUAAAACCAUAAAAUGUCACAUACUCCAA